GUUCACUCCGUUCACCUUUUCCAAGAACAAUUGCGUAUUUUUUAUUCAUAUUAUUGUACAAUAGCCGAGAAUAUACGUCAUGCCUUCUGCAGUUCACUCAUCACGAACAUUAUCGCGCAGCAUCUGUCGCAGCCUGCAAUACCCAGUCCUCGAUUUUCUUGCCCCAAGUACAGCCACUUGCGCACCACGCGAGACACUGCGAUUCUCCAGCACAGCAUCCACGCCAUCCUCGCCACAAACAACAAAAGAUGGCAAGCCAAUACGGCCGCUUACAUCCGAGCAGCGGGAAUUUCUCUCUUCGGCAUUGCGAGUGAACCAGACGGGUGAGCUCGCCGCCAUUCUCAUCUAUGCCGCCCAGUCACCCGUCAUCACACGGUCACAUCCCCACUUGCGCCCGCUCAUGAAGCACAUGUACGACCAGGAAGCAGGACACUACAAAUACUUCAACGACGUCAUCUCCAAGCACCGCAUACGCCCGACGGCCAUGACUCCCAUCUGGACGGCGGCAGCGAGCAUUCUGGGCUGGUCGACGGCCGUGAUAGGGCGCGAGGCAGCCAUGGCGUGCACAGAGGCUGUCGAGACGGAGAUUGGGACGCACUACAAUGAGCAGGUGCGGGUGUUGCUGGACUGGGCCAAGAAGUGCGAGGAGAGAGGAGAGAGCCUAGGUCCCGAGUUGGAUAAAUUGGUAGUUGAGUUAAGACGGAUAAGAGAUGAGGAACUGGAGCAUUUGGACCACGCCGUUGAGAACGAUGCCAAGAACGCAAAACCAUACGAACUUCUAACUGAGGUUAUAAGGGGUGGAUGCAGAGGCGCCAUAUGGGUGAGUGAGCGAGUAUAAUGCAGACAUGAAAAGACAAUGGCGCGGGAUUUGGACUAGGUUUCUCUGUUUCGUGACUGUAUAUCACACAUUUGCAUCACCCCGCUUAUUUUACUCUAGAAAAUAGCUCAUUGCACAGGUUCACUUCGCAAUGGGUUCUAAAUUUUUUUGGUAAUUAAGUAUGUACAGCAGUUGUAGCCCAAAAUGACUACCAUGAUCUGGAACAUCAGAAUACUGCACCUCAUUCCA